AUGAUAAAUUCGUCUCAAGCUGAUCACACAGAGCAUCAGAUUAAGAAGGAGUUUAAGAAGCUUCGACAGAUUCUCAGAGAUGAAGAAAAAGCUACAAUCACUGCACUGAGGGAGGAAGAGGAGCAGAAGAAUAAGAUGAUGAAGGAGAAGCUGGAGGAGAUCAACAGACACAUCUCAGCUCUUUCAUACACAAUCAAAGACACGGAGGAGAUGAUGAAAGCCAGUGACGUCUGCUUUCUGAAGGAGUUUCCAGUCUCAAUGGAAAGAGUCCAGAUCUCAUCACAGCCGGGUCCACAGAUGUCUUCUGGAGCUUUGAUUGAUGUGCCGCGUUACUUGGGCAACCUGCCCUUCAGAGUCUGGAAGAAGAUGCAGGACAUCGUCCAGAACACUCCGGUGAUUCUGGAUCCAAACACGGCUCAUCCACUUCUCAUCCUGACUGAUGAUCUGACCAGUGCGAGCUGGAGUGACAACAAACAACCACUUCCUGAUAAUCCAGAGAGAUUUGACAUCUAUCGCUUUGUUCUGGGUUCAGAGGGUUUUAACUCAGGAACACACUGCUGGGAUGUGGAGGUUAAAGAGAGUCUAUGCUGGCAUCUUGGAGUAACUACAGCAUCAAACCAGAGGAAGGGAGAUGAUUUAUUUGAUACUGGUCUCUGGAGUGUGCAGCACGGACUGGCUGAUUAUUUUGGUUUUCCUGUCAAACAGAAUCUUCAGAGGGUGAGAGUUGAUCUGGACUAUGACAGAGGAACGGUGUCAUUCUCUGAUCCUGUAACUAACACACAUCUACACACAUUCACAACCACCUUCACUGACACUCUCUUCCCAUUCUUCUAUAGUUUUGCCCCUCUGAGGAUCUUACCGUUCGAUAGUCAGUAAAUGUUACAGCUGUAGGUCUGGAUCUUCCUGCUUUCAUCAUGUUUCCAAUAUUUAAUCCAUAUCACACGAGUAAGAGUGCUGUUGAUCUGAAUAUCAGUAGGCUAUGGCUGUGAUUGGGCCGCAGCUGAUCACAUGACUGAUAUCAGCACUACAGACACACUGUCAGUGCAAACUAUAAUGUUCACAUUGCUUUGGUUUCUUUGUCAUUGUUUUCACCUUGAACACAUGGUAGACAUACUACUUCCGUCUUCAGCUUUACUUUUUCACUAACUGUUUAUGAACGUACAGAUGCAUCCUAAAUGCCUGUAAGAGCUAUACUCUAUUGUGCUUAUGGGUAAAUUCAAAAGUUUAUAAUUUUAUGAUAUCUUAAAUUUUUUAUUUCAAUCAUGACAACGCUCAAAAUAGUUUAGUAUGCUGAUGGAUAUAACAACGUUAAUGUAUUUGGUCUUGGUGGAAUAGAUAUGUUACGCUGCUGCUGCUGAUUACUGCUACUUCUGUUAUUGUUGCUGCAAGUAUAAUUAAGUGAUAAUUAAAUUAGAACAGAGAGAAUAUGUAUGAUGCAAAUAGAAAAAAGCUUCAACCAAUAACAUCACUCAGAAAUCAGAUGAAAAUGUCAGUAACAAGUGUAUAUGAACAUUACUUGACAUGUAUUUAUAUAUCAUCAUAGUGUUU